GAGUGUCGGGUACAAUCGAGAGAUAAGCGGUUAAAUGCUCAUAAGAUAUUGAGAGACUAGGAAUUUAGAACAGUCUUCGCCAUAUGCACAACAACAAAACAAAACCUUCUUUUCAUCCUCAUCAAUAUCCCAAUUGCAAUCUCAGUAUCGUUUCUUCUCUAUCCAUAUCCAUGGCUGAAUCACCCCAAACCACCGUCCUUGUUACCGGAGCUGGUGGUCGUACAGGACAAAUUGUGUACAAAAAAUUAAAAGAGAAGCGAGACAAAUAUAUUGCCAGAGGUCUAGUUAGAACAGAAGAAAGCAAACAGAAAAUUGGUGGUGCAGAUGAUGUUUUCAUUGGGGAUAUCAGAGAUGCUGAAAGUAUUGUGCCUGCAAUUCAAGGUAUCGAUGCUCUCAUAAUUCUCACUAGUGCAGUGCCACAAAUGAAACCUGGGUUUGAUCCAACCAAAGGUGGAAGACCUGAGUUUUAUUUUGAUGAUGGUGCAUUUCCUGAACAGGUUGACUGGACUGGGCAGAAAAAUCAAAUAGAUGCUGCUAAGGCUGCAGGAGUGAAGCAUGUUGUGUUGGUAGGGUCUAUGGGUGGAACAAACCCUAACCAUCCUUUGAACAGUUUGGGAAAUGGAAAUAUAUUGAUUUGGAAAAGAAAAGCUGAACAAUAUCUGGCUGAUUCUGGCCUUCCAUACACGAUCAUAAGACCUGGUGGCUUGCUUGAUAAAGAUGGAGGUAUUAGGGAACUCAUUGUAGGGAAGGAUGAUGAACUUCUCCUGACCGAAACCAAAACUAUACCUAGAGCUGAUGUUGCAGAAGUUUGCGUUCAGGCACUAAAUUACGAAGAGACGAAAUUCAAGGCAUUCGACUUGGCAUCAAAACCUGAGGAUGCAGGCGAACCAACAAAGAACUUCAAGGCUUUGUUUUCACAGAUCACUUCUCGUUUUUGAUUUUGAAUGUGGUUGUCAUUCAUGGUGUAUCUGAAUUUGUCUAACAAUAGGUUUGCACUCAAAACUCAAAGAAAACUACUUUGUAUCCACAAAUAAGUUAGAUACAUGGUUAGAAUUCAACCGGUGUGACUUUAGGAAUGGAAUAUGAGAAUGUUAUCAACUCUUUCAAUAUAAUAUGGUAUAUACUGGGUGUGACUUUAGGAAUGGAA